UGUAGGGUUGGAGGAAAGGGGAACCGGCUGAGCUGGGGAACCAAGGGGCAGUGGGAGGGGCGGGGCCAGCGGCGCAAGAGUUAAUGUCCGGCCCCGCCCCGACCUGGUGGCCGCUGACUCAGUUUCACCUGAAACUCAGCGGGAGGUGGAGGUUCCCGGCCGAAGGACUCGCGGUCUGGGAAAUACAAGGCGACCGUCGGAGCCGCUCCGGGAGCACCGAGAAGGGCCCCACUCCGCCCCAUUCACCUGUGCAGGUCCCAAACACCUUCAGAGCACAGAGCUACUCUAGAAAGGCGAACCUCCUUGGGAGGAAGGUGAUCCUCCCCAGGAGGAAGAUGACUCCCAGCUGCUGCCCCGCGGCCUGGAUCACGACUACUCUGUGGCUCCUGGUGACGUCCCACCUUCCAGACAUAGUGACUGGACAGCUGCCUGUGUCCCCUGGGAAAACGGCUGGCGCUAAAUGUUUGGAACAGUUUACAGUUGGGGUACCAGCCUUUGUACUGGACACAGACGCCUCCGUUGGCAAUGGGGCUACUUUCUUGGGCUCUCCCGAAGUGCGUAGGAGCUGGGAUUGUGUUCGUGCCUGCUGCACCACCCCAACUUGCAACCUGGCCCUGGUGGAACUGCAGCCUGGUAGGGGUGAGGACGCCAUCUCUGCCUGUUUCCUUCUCAACUGCCUGUAUGAGCAGACUUUUGUUUGCAAGUUCUCUAGAAGAGAGGGUUUCCUUAACUACCUUACCAAAGAAGUGUAUGAGUCCUACCGAGAGCUGAGGAAACAAGGCUUCACAGGAGCUCACCUUCCCAAGUCUUGGGCUGGCAUGGAAAUAAAGGUACAACCUCAGGAGCCCCUAGUGCUCCAGGGUACAGAGAAUACUGACUGGCAACUUAUCCAAGGAGAUGCUGAUGUGAAGAUACAGAAAAAGGAUCCUGAUCAACUAGAACUCUCACAACUAAAAGAAGGAACUUACGUCUUUCAGUUGACUGUAAAGGAGCCUGACCAAAAUCAGGAUACUGCCAACUUCACUAUCACUGUCCUGUCAUCUAAGCAGACAGAAGAACACUGCCUAGCACCCAAGAAAGUGGGCCGUUGCCGAGGCUCUUUCCCCCGAUGGUACUAUGAUCCCACUGAGCAGCUCUGCAAAAGUUUUGUCUAUGGUGGUUGCCUUGGCAACAAGAAUAACUACCUUAGGGAAGAGGAGUGCAAGAUGGCCUGUAAAGAUGUACAAGGUCCUUCAAUCCAAAGGCAACAUCCAGUAUGCUUGGGGACUUGCCAGCCUUCCCAGUUUCGCUGUCAGGAUGGCUGCUGUAUUGAUGGCUUCAUGGAGUGUGAUGACUUGCCUGAUUGCCUGGAUGCCUCGGAUGAAUCAGCUUGUGACAACUAUACUAAAGGCUUUGACGAUCUCCAAAGCUUCCACUUUCCUAGUGACAAAGGACACUGUGUAGACUUGCCAGACACGGGGCUGUGCCAUGAAAAUAUCCCUCGAUGGUACUAUAACCCAUUCAGUGAACGCUGUGCUCUUUUCACCUAUGGAGGUUGUGAUGGCAACAAAAAUAACUUCCUGGAUGAGGAAAAGUGCCUCAAGUCCUGUGAAGGCAUCUCCAAGAAAGAUGUGUUUGGCCUUCGACGAGAAUCCCUGCAUCCAAACUCAGGUUCUGUGGAGGUGGCUGUGGCUGUGCUCCUGGGGACCUGUAUUGUGAUUGUGGUCACCAUCCUAGGCUAUUGCUUCUUCAAAAACUAUAUGAACAGAAGCCUCCGAGGUCAUCACCCCCUCCAUCAGCACCUCCCUCCCCCUACGCCAGCCAGCUCCACGAUCUCCACCACAGAGGACACAGAACACUUGGUCUACAACCAUACCACUAGACCCCUCUGAGCUGGGGUCUCCCCUGGGUACUGUGGGCUAUGAGUUCUGGCUUACCUUAACCUUGCCCCCAACCCCCUCCUUAGUUUCUGUCCCAUCAAGAAUGGAGGGCCAGUCAGCUUCUCAGUCUCUACCACUGAAGACAUGGGGCACUUGGUCAGACCCCUCCCGGCCAGGGUUAUCCUGGGUGUUGUGAGGCGGCAUUUCUGGCCAGCUCUAACUCGACUGAGUCCCCAUCCUUCGUUUCCUUCAUUAUCAAGAAUGGAGGACAGGGCGGAGAAAAAUUGGGCUUAAGGUCCUCCCCCUCAUUUCCUAUUGUAUUUGGUUCUGUUUUGGAGCCCAAAUCUCCUGCCCUUCCUUGGUACAGCUGCCUUGGCUGUGGGGCUGGAAACACAGUUGGCAUUGCAAGAGACUUGAGUAGGCAAAUGAAGACAGAAUGCCCUGUUUGGAAGGUCCUGUCACCUACUUCGGACUGGGAAAAUUGCAUUCUCUUCCUUUACAAAAUGGUCUGUGAUUCUACCCUUUCCCUUCCUUCCCCAGAGCUCUUACGCACAUGGCAGGGUAGAGGAGGGGAGGUGGUACCGUGACAGCCAGGUGGCGGCCGGAGCUGCUCCUACCUCCAGGAUCUGUCCUUUCCUUCCUGAUUACCUCAUUAUGCUUAGGCUCCCUUUGUCUGCCCCCUCCCAGUCACCCUGCUGGGAGCCUGUAUAUAAAGUUUGUUUUUGUUUAUUUAAUGAGCAGGGACUGGAGCCUGUCUCUGUGUUCCUGUCUCUAGUCCAGCUUCCUCUUCUGGGCCUGAAGAGGUCUGGCAGCUCUUGUACCUAAUGUCUGGGCUUGAGCAUGAUGGUGUAGAAGAGCUGAAAGGGAGAGGAGUUUGAAAACUCCCUCUGCCUUCCCCUCGGUCUCUUCCUCAAUGAAGGGAUGUUAUUUUCCUCCAGAGGAGUCAUCACCCCCCACUCCCCAGUCUUUGCCACCUCUUCCCUCAUUGUAAUAAAAAGCUAUGGGUCCGA